UCUCUGUCUUCGCUGCACAGUGCUUCUUCUCUUCUGUGACCCUCUCCUCCUGUAUUGUUACAGUCCAGCACUCCAGCAUUUUUACUUGCUGUGGGCCUCUCUCUCUCUCCAACCCUGUAACAUUUUUCUGAACCAUGACCGAGCAGACCAAAGCAGCGGACCCAUCGGCACCAGGGGCCCCAUCACAUCCUCACCACUCUAGGGACUUCUUCUGGUCCCCCCUGUGGAGCUGGUGGCAGCAGCCCACCCCUAGCAGCCUCCUUCCCAACCAGGAUUUCGGCCUGCCACCGUUCCUAGAGGCCGGUGACCUCCGUGACCUCAGCUGGAUAGAUAACAUCCAUAGACGCCUGGCAGCCAGCUCCUGGACUGGGUACAUUCCCUCUCUGCCCCUCUUGGUGCCCUCCUUUCCGGCCCCGGCCUCCUCAAUGCACCAGCUAACCCCCAAGCUGAGCAAGGUAGAGUCUGCAGGGUUGAAGGGGCUGUCGGAGGUCCGGGUGGAGGGGCACAAUUGGAGGAUCACCCUGGAUGUCAGUCACUUCUCCGCUGCAGAAAUCACACUCAGGACCCGCAGUGGCUUCCUGGAGAUCGGAGGGACUCAUGAAGAGAGACCAGAUGAGCAUGGUUUUAUUGCUAGAUGUUUCACCAGGAGAUACAUGCUCCCGAUAGGUAUUGUCUCUAAGACCAUACGAUCCUCUCUGUCUGGUGAGGGAAUUCUGACUGUAGAGGCUUCACUUCCUGACCCCAGCAUCCCUGAUGACAUCAUCAUUCCCAUUCAGGUGGAGAAGGAGACCAUAAGAGAAGAGGGAGAGGAGGGUGGAGCUAAGCCAGAGGAGACUACCGUAGCAGACACAGAUUCCCAGCCUUCUCCAUCUGCCCCUGCUGUGGCCCCUGUAUCCCUGGAGGCCCCUGACUUCACCCCCACAGAUUCUGGCACAAUGCCCCCCACAGAGGCACCCGAGGAUGGGGACAAAUUAGCACGGGAGGUCCCUGGAGAAGAGGCUCAGCCAGACAGCGCCACGGCUGGGCCAAAGAGCCAUGAGGAAGGGAGAGGAGGAGCAGAAGAGGGGGAGACACACACUAAGCCAGCUGGAGAGAUGGAGACCCACCCCCCAGAGCAUGCAGAUGAAGAGGGAAGAGAGGGAGAAGGGCUUCCAGAUCCCACAGAGCCCUUUGAGCACCUUGAUGCCCCUGACUCCCCAAACACAGUCACGUCCGACCGCGGGGAGCACAAAACAGACCCAGCCCAAGACCAUGACGAAGAGCUCCAGCACCCGGAGGGCUCAGGGGAGGCAGCCGAGGCCCUGCCCCAGCCUGAGGGGGACGAACCAGGCAUGAGUCCAUCAGAGGGGGCCCACUCUCAGGAGCUGGAAGUUCCAGAGCACCCUGAUAUGGAGCAACAGGCAUACACCAAGUAGAGAGAGAGAGAGAGAGAGGGGGGGAGAGACAGAGAGAGAGAGAGAGAGAGAGAGAGAGAGAG